UAAAAAUGUUAUGAUUGUAUAUUUCUAUUUAUCAACCUAAGAUUCAUUACACAAUUUUCUUAUAUGGUCAUAAGAAUCAUUUGGAAUGAGAAACAUGGAAUAUACGGACAGCUGAUUUCGAACUUGAAACUAGGGAAUACGAGAAACAGAAAUGUAAUGGCGGAUACAAAGCAAACUGUCAAAGUAUGGUGCAUUAUACUGUCGUUGUAAUUAAUCAACUGUCGAACACAGUUUAUCGACGAUUAAAUGAGGAGAGGAUAAAUAUGCGUUGAAUACGUGAAAUUGUUGAAUUAGUAAUGCAAUUACUGUAACUUGUAUAUACACAAUUAAAAGUGCAGAUUUCUUGUAUUAAUUGUAUAUACAUAGAUCAUUUAAUAUCUCACAAAACUGUUUUAUUUUACAAUGAUGAAUAAUCGAAGACGAACAAACAAUUUUACUUAUGUUAGUUCAUGCGUAAAAUACAUGAUAUUUCUGCUCAAUUUUAUUUUUUGGUUGUUUGGUGGCCUUCUAAUUGGAGUGGGUUUAUACGCAUUUGUGGAUAAAUGGCAAGCAACUGGUUCCGUUAGAGUGGAGAAUGUGUACGAUGUAGUGCUAAAUAUUUCACUUGUAAUGGUUAUAGCAGGAGGAGUUGUUUUUGUUGUUAGUUUUGCAGGAUGUGUUGGAGCAUUACGGGAAAAUACAUGUCUUCUUAAAUUUUACUCAUUGUGUUUACUGGUGUUCUUUCUCCUCGAAAUGGGUAUAGCAAUUGUUGGCUUUGUAUUUCCGCAUACAUUACAAUCAUUAUUGGAAGAAUCAUUUACUGAUAAAAUUAUACAAACAUAUCGUGAAGAUCCAGAUUUGCAAAACUUUAUUGACUUUGGUCAACAAGAAUUUAGAUGUUGUGGUUUAAGUCAAGAGGGAUAUUUGGAUUGGGGAAAAAAUGAAUAUUUCAACUGCUCCAGUCCAAGUGUAGAACGCUGUGGUGUACCAUUUUCUUGCUGUAUUAAUGCUACAGACAUAUCAAGUGGUCUUGUGAACAUAAUGUGUGGUUAUAAGGUACAAAUGUUACCAGUAUCUGAAGCAGGCAAAAAAGUGUGGACUAGUGGUUGCAUUGAAAUUGUGAGAAGUUGGGCAGAACGUAAUCUAUAUACAAUAGCUGGUAUUGCUUUGGGGAUAGCUCUUAGUCAACUAUUUGUUAUUUACCUUGCAAAAACGUUGGAAGGUCAAAUUGAAUUGCAAAAAUCUCGCUGGGAUUCCUGAGCUUGACCUCAGGCCACCUACCGCUAUCAGAUACAUUCCCCUUCAAGCAGGCAGGUGGCCAAUGGCCGAACAAGAGGCCAGGAUACAGAAACAAAUGUAAAUGUUCGUAUGACAUUACUUGUUGUUUUUGCGAUCUUUGUAUACAUACUUUGUAUCCUUUCUUUAAUUAGAUUUGUUCUUUACUUCAAAACUUAUUUUCAUGUAUAUUUAAGUAAGGGUUAAUUUUUACUUUCAUACAUGACACUAUUUUUGUAAUCAUUUCAAAAUGUUGUUUUUAAUCUAGUAUACAUGUUUAUCAACAAAUUUUGUAGUAAUAUUUGUCUAUAUUCGUCUAUUUUGAUAAGACUCAUAUAUUUUCUUCUUUGAAUUAUAUGCAGUUUACAUUUACUAAUUUCAAAGUAAGUAUCUAAAAAUUGGAUAUCGUUUAAUCGCUAUGAUUACUAAUGUAUCAACUUGAUUGCACAAAUUACUUGCAUAUGAGGAAAUAAAUUUUUAUUCAACGCGAUUAAUUAAAUGUAUAGUGAUAAAUACAUAGUGGGGUAAAUUGAUUCUGUAAUAAUAUAUAAUGUUUUCAUAUUUAUAAUUCAUUUAGAAAAUAUGCACUUGUAUGAUAUUGAAUUUCAUAUGUUGGUAAUUUUUGCAUAAGAAUUCCAAGACGUCAUUCGCACAGUGUAUGUAUUAGUAUCAUAAGUAUUAAGAUAAGUAUUAAAUGUCCUACAAAAGACUUACAACAUUAUAUAAUUUAUGAAGUAGCUAUGAACUGUAAGAGAUUCGUACUUUUUUAUAUAUUAAUACCAUUUUUCGUUGUCAUUAUAUCUAUAAAAACAUUUUAAUGUGCAGUAUUAUUGUAUUUUCUUUUUAUUUAUGUAACAGAAUGUGUCUUUUAUUAACUAUAAAUAACAAUUAUUUGACGUAUCAAAGUAAAUAGCUGUAUAAGUAAAAGCACGCACAUCUUUGGAACAGUUGGAAUCUCUUUCACUAUGUAUUUACUUCGAUUUUGUAUGAUCGUAUUAUAAAAAUAUUAAUAAGCAUAUAGUGAUUUACAAAACAAUACUGUUAAUUAUUAUGUUGUAUUAGUGUAACUCCAGUAAAUAAGAUGAAAAAACGUCCAGUGCCAAAGUCGAAAUAUCAUUUUAUUUGAGAGAAACCUGACAAUAAUCUGGUAUAAAUUAUUUCUUUAUUAAGUGCAUAUAUAAUACAUCUGCGGAUCUUUCUAUCAAGAAUAAAUGUAAAAUUGAUAUAUGAAACUAGUUUGUAAUAAACAAAUAUUAUUCUAA